CGUCAUCUGGCAAGGCAGUGGGCACCGAGUCACCAGGCACGACAGUGGGUUGCGAGUCAACUGGCUCACCAGCGGGCACCGCGUCAUCUGGCAAGGCAGUGGGCACCGAGUCACCAGGCACGACAGUGGGCUCUGAGUCAAUUGGCACGACAGCGGGCACCGGGUCAUCAGGUACCGGAUUGUCUGUCUGGCUCGACAGUGGGCAUCGGGUCACCAGGCAUGACAGCAGGCACUGGGUCAUCAGGCAUCAGGUCAUUUGGCUCGACAGCGGGCACCGCGUCAUCUGGCAAGGCAGUGGGCACAGAGUCACCAGGCACGACAGUGGGCUCUGAGUCAAUUGGCACAACAGCGGGCACCGGGUCAUCAGGUACCGGAUCGUCUGGAUCGACAGCGGGCACCGGGUCAUCUGGCAUUGGAUCGUCUGGCUCGACAGCGGGCAUCGGGUCACCAGGCAUGACAGCGGCACUGGGUCAUCAGGCAUUGGAUUGUCUGGCUCAACAGAGGGCAUCGGGUCACCAGGCAUCAGGCGUGAUAGGAUCAUCAGGCUGGUUCAGUUCAUCAGGCUGAAGUGCGGAAGGCAGGCUCACCGGUUUGGAUACUGGCAGGAUGGUACUGGUUGGAAAGAAUUUUCGCUUUUUUCUGGUUUUAACUACUGGAGCACUGCAAGUAAACGCAGGUCUGCAAACGAAUGGAGCAGCUGAGGACAGAGAAGAGCUGGAAGAUGGAACAGAGGAGGGAGCAGUUGCUACAGAGGACUUCUUUACAGGGUUAAAGAAAGGAUAGGUGCAGCGAGUGGGAGCAGAGGACUGAUAUGUGGUAGUUAG